AUGGCUCCUCCAGCACCGUUACCUCCGGCACCUGGUCCAGCGCCAGUGCCAUUAGGUGUGGUUAACUAUAUUUUAUCUCAUUUUUUUCAAGUUUUAGAGCAGUCUAAGAACGACGUCAUCGAAGCAACAGCCGCUAGACUUGCGCAAAUGGGUGUGAGUGCUUUUUUUUUCUCAGUUCCAAGUAAUCUACGCGUCUUUUGCCAAAAACCGCUCAUUCACGUAUAUGAAUGUCUGGAAAAAUUUUAGUGGUCCUUUCAGGACGAGUAACGUCAGCUGUUAGACCGGACUUUGAACUGAGCGUUCCGUUUAGUGACCACUUAUGUUCAAAAAUCACGAUAAAGAGUAGACCAGAAUAAAGUAGGCUCUCCUUGUAGGAUUAUUAGGAGAAACCUUUUAUUGUUGUGUCUUGUUGUUUUAUUUACUAAAAAAAGCUCGAGCCAAAAAAAAAUUGUAUUAUAGAUCAGCAAAGGAGUUCCAAUUAUGACAAAAAAUGCUGCUCCUGGAACACGUGGAAAGCCAGUCAAGCUGAUGACAAACGUGCACGGACUGGAACUUCAGAAAGAUACAAUUUUCUACGCGUAUUCAGUCAAUACCUAUUGCAACAUAACACCAACAAAAACAGCAGUUUUCACCAAAAAAGGAAAAGACGAGUUUUUAAAAUAUAUAAUUCCUCGAUAAGUGUUCUUUUCAAGUUAUAUCGUUUUGAAUCGUCACGAAAAGUGCGUCGUAAUUUACAACGCAGUGUUGGCGCAGUUUGAUGAUUUCUUCCGUUCGAAAGAGGAAAACGUACUGUACUACGAUGGUCAAAGUCUUCUUUUCUCAUUGAUCGAUUUGUUCCCAGGGAUAAAUGGAAAAAAGGUCCGAUUAAGCUUCAAUAUCCGCAUUGAUUAUUUUUAUAGUCACGAGUUUUCGAAAUUGCUGGUAAAGCAACGGCUCACGAUGAUUUGAACGGAAUCGAAGUUAUUUUCAUGGAAGUCUAUGUUGCGGAAAGAAGUGGCCGACAAGAUGGCAAGGUUCAAAUAGUCUCAUUCUUAGAUGUCAUUGAAUGCCUGUACUUGAAACGGCAAAUUUAUUUUCAUUUAAUUGAAGCCUCUUUUUUUUCAAAUAAUUAUUUCACAUCAGUAAUUCUCAAAGCGAGGGCAGGCGCUCUACAGUCUGUUCGGAUUUUGAGUGUCAAGUUAUCGCUCAAACUCCGCCCCUUAUGCGUAUAUCAAACCAAUCAGAGGGCGAGUCAACCACGGAAGGUUUUUCGAGCGGAAAUUGCUGCUCGAAAUCUGAACAGACUACAGCAGCCUGUUUUUUUUUAGUGGCGUGUUAGUCGGAAAAAGGCAACUUAUGUGCCGUGUUCAAAGUAAUUUCGGCGAUUUCAAAGUUGAUAUAUAACAAUAUACGAAUUUUUACGGAAAGUUUUACGCGCAAGCUUGAAAUUUUCUUUUACAAUGCCCUAAUAGUUUCAAAAUUUCGCUCGUAAAGUUCACCAUUAGAAUUAAUCUAUUGCGAUAUAUCGUGGAACUUUUAAAGGCUGCCGUAAUUUCUCGAAAUCAUUUUAAACGACGAAGACGUUAAUUUUAAAAUCGCCGAACUCACUGAACACGGCAUUGGAGACAGACCAUAGUUUAUGACAUAAUUAGAUAUUUUUGCUGUUACUUUUUACCAGAAAAAGUUUGUUUCCGGUCACCUGUAAUCAACCUUCCAUGCAUAUUGCAUCAAUAAGUUACUUUUAGGUGAUUUUAUCUCGAGAGAACUUGUGCCAAAGAACAGCAGAUCCAAAUCUCGAAGUGAACGACCGAUCGCUCACGCAAUUUUUGGAAAUCGCUCUCAAUCAAAACUGUAUUCUCGACACGUACAUUCUUUUUUUUUUCAAAUGUCAGAAUUUACGUUGAGUGAACACCACGCCGUUUUCGAACAUGGAAAAUCUUAUCUUCGGAAGCCGUGGGAACAUAGCUUCACUGCUCGGGAUUGUCCAGAAGUUGGCGAUGGUAAAAGGUAUUUUAUUACCAAUAGUGUAGAUUUUAAUCUUUCAGUUCAUUUUGAAGUCACUUAUCAUUUGGUUUGCGGGAUAUUUUUAGUUUAACUGAUACAUUAUAUACUCAUUUUAUCUAGAUGCGCACAAAAACUGCAAUAAAUAAGCUUCUGAGGCCGUAUGCAAAAAAGUGAAAGAUGAUUUUCCGCCAUUUUCCUGUAAGUCGAAAAUGACAAAAAUUAGUCUUUUUUAAACUAAAAUUUUCUUCCUCUCUAUCCGAAUUUUCUCAUGAAGCUUUAUUACAUUAGAUACAGUCGAAAUCAAUUAUACCCUAGCGAGUUUCAGGCAUUUUUGAUUUUCAGCAAAAUGGUGAAAAAUCAUUUUCCACUUUAUUGCAUAUGGCCUCUGAUUCGCUGGUUCUCAAAGGAAAACGGCAGACCAGCGCGCAUGUUGAAAAACAAGCGGAAGGUCAGCGCGCAUACAUCUGUUUAGAGAUAAUGGUAAAAUUGGAGUGACCAGACUUUUACUCUCCUCGCUCUCCACACUUUCUAGGACCUGCACGCUGAGAUGCCAAAUUUAACAGAGAACGGCAGACUACCGUUUGUUUUUUGACAUGCGCGCUGGUCAUUUUACUCUGCGGUUAGGAAUUUCAAGAGAAUUGGCUGGAAGGUUUUUUGAUAUGAAGGUGCUGAAAGUGUCAGCAUGCACAAUGUCUUAAUUUCCGAGAUUGAAGGGCACAAAGCUCAUGGAGUUGCGCAGGCUGCGAGUUCCAGAAUUUUUAUCAGGUACAUCAAGGGGUGUUUCGGCCAAUUUUCAGAAAGUUCCUAACCUCAAAGUAAAAUGACCUUCCUUGAUAGAUGUUGUUGUCGAUUCUGUUCCUUUGCUGGCUAUGACCCCCUAACAAGGAAAAAGCUGGGAUGACUUUAAAAGAUAAGCAGGCGAAGAAAAUAAUUUCAAAAUAAUUUAUAAUAUCCUGUCUAACGACGAAUAACUCGAAAAAAAAGUUCGAGUUAAGACUUUAAUGAAGGGUUGUUAAUCAUUUAUUAUUAAACGUUGAGAUAGUUUUUACUGGUUUAAAAAUUUCGACGUUUCAAUUAUUAAGAAGUAUUUUCAGGCUUAUGGUCGGAGUGAAGAAAUCGGUGGGUUUCAUUGAAGGUCCUGCCGGUCGUCAUAACAACAAUCCAGCUUUAUUUGUGGAUGGUUCGAGAGUCUAAUUGUCACUAUUCACAAUUUAAUUUAAGCAAAAAAGGCUGCUUUCCAUGAAUCCAUUAACUGCAUGGAGAAAGUACAGAACAUUUUGAAUCGAAAACAAACCGAAAAGUUUGAUAAUACCGACAUUGAAACUUGCACAGCAGUUAUGAAAGGUUCUUAUACAAUAAAAUGUUUAAUAAGAAAUUUACUUGUAGGGAUAACAGUCUCCAGCCACUACACUGGAAGAAAACGCGAUCAUGUCGUUCAAACUUUGACCAAUAAAACGAGUAGGACGGCAUGGUUGACUUUUUUUCCAUCUUUUGUUUUAAUAGUUUUUUGAAGUUUUGAUGUCGAUGGCGAGAAAAUCUUUUUGAUCGACUACUUCAAGUCGAAAUACAAUAUCAAUCUGAGGUAAUUUUCUCUUCGGCAUUUUUUUCUAGUUUUUAGGUGUCCCGAUGCUCCCUUGCUGGUUUGCAAAGAGCGUGGAGCUCUGAAUUACUAUCCGUUAGAGUUGUGUGAAGUGCAACCGAUGCAGCGAGUUACUAUUCCUCAGACGACGCCAUUUCAAUCGCAAAAAACCACGAAGGUUCGUUGUGAAAACUUUCUCCACUUUUUUGAAUUAUUCGCAGGAAUGUGCAAUUCCACCGCUUGUGCGCCAAGAAAAUAUUGAAAAAGGACUGAUUGCCACAAAGAUCACAGAUCCAGAAAACCGAUUCAUGCAAGCUAUUGGAUUGAAAGUGUAUCCUCCUCUUGCGGUUUUCCUUUUUGCUUUUGAGUCCGAAUGUAGAUGUUUAUUAAAGGUGAACGGUCGUCAGUUGCCUGGCGCAACUCUCGGUUACGCCAACAACAAAUUUGCCGCGGAAGCUGGCAAAUGGAGAACGCGAGAUGUCAAGUACGUGGACGGGGCUAACUGUAACUGCUGGGCUAUGUACGCGAUUCUCGACUCAAGCCGUCGCAAUCAAAAUUUUGAUCAAAACAAAUUGAGGUCAAAAAUCAUGUUUUUUUUAAAAAGAUUAUUCAGUUUAGUAAGUUUGCACAAAUGUUCUAUAAGGAUGCGAGGGCUCGCGGGAUCAAUCUUGAAACUCCUGCGGAAGUCAAGGUUAUCAUUAUCUUCAAAAAACUGAAAAUUUGAAAAUAUUCAACUUUAGAUGAUUGCUCAAAGCGAUGCGAAAAGUGUUAUGGAGUAUGGUGUUAAAAAUGGUUGCCAGUUUUUCUUUUUUGUGACUGCUGACUCGAUCACCAACUUCCACGGUCUUUCACCCAGAUUUUUUUUAAAAUUUUGUGUAGGUCAAAUGAAACUUUUCGAACGUCAACUGGAAGUCGUCACACAGGAUAUGAAGCUUUCUGUGGCACUUAAGGUAUGUCCGGCAUUCAUUUUUAUUAUUUUAUUUAUAUUUUUUCAAUCUUUGAUAGGUUGUCGAUGAAGGAAAAAGACUAACUCUUGAAAAUGUGUUGAACAAGACCAACAUCAAACUUGGCGGAACGAAUUACAUUGUGUCAAGUGAUUCGUAAGUUUUGAAAAAUCAGCCUUUUUUCAACACCUCUUGAAGUUUUCCUAUUACAGAAUCAAUCCGGAGCAUCUUAUUCUCGGAAUCGGCCUGUCGCAUCCACCACCUGCCGCUGCAUUUGAAGAAGACACCGGGAAAAUUGUACCGACCGUUGUUGGAGUAAGUGAUCACUACUCUAGAAAAAAGAUUAAAGGGGUGAUUGAAAAAUAAUUUUUUAAAAUGUUGACCAAUUAUUUUUUUUUAAGAAAGAAUGAAGAAAAGUCUAAAUUUUUAUUCAGUACGCUUCUAACUGCUACAACGCCAAUUCGUAUAUUGGAGAUCAUAUCUUCUUUUCAGCCAAACGCCAAGAGGUAAGAAAUUAUUCACUUCAGUGUUAGUUUUUUAUUUUGAAGACACUCGCCGCCAUGGAAGAAAUUGUUACAACAAUAAUGGGUGCUUACAUGCAACGGGCUCAGAAACCCCCGAAGGCAUUGAUCAUUUACCGGAGUGGAGUUUCGGAAGGCUCGUAUGCUUUGGUUAGUUUUAUCUCAUGAAAAGAACUAAAAAAAAUGUAUUUUAUAAUAGAUCCUUCAAAACGAAAUCCCAUUGAUCAAAGGAACUCUCGAAAAAGUCAAUGCGCCUGCCACGAAAUUGAUUUUUAUUGUGGUUUCGAAAGAACAUUCAGUUCGUAUUUUCAAUCAGAGGGUAAUAUCACAAAAUGAAGCAGAAUGUAUCAUAAUCUUAGAUUGAUCCGAGAGCCAGGGCAACCGAUCAGAAUAUUCCCAGCGGAAUUGUUGUUGACACGGAACUCGUACACCCAUCGUACAAAGAGUUUUAUUUGAACUCUCACACAACCCUGCAGGUGCUCUAUGAACUGUUUUCCAGUGAUUAAUUUUAUAAUUGAAGGGUAGCGCAUUGACCCCAAGAUAUACGAUUCUCUUUGACGACCACAAUUCUCCGAUGGACAAAAUCGAAGAUUUGACGUACGCACUGACUCACCACCAUCAGAUUGUCAACCUCGCAACUUCUGUUCCAACUCCGCUCUACGCCGCCAACGAAAAUGCGAAGCGCGGUCGUGAUAUCUUGACGGCCAGAGGGUUUUCAAUAAUUUAAUUUUCAACUUUAUUUAUUCUUCAGAAUCGAUCCAAAUGAGAAUAAUCUCAAUUUGAAUCAAUUGACGGAAGAACUCGCUUUCAAAAACACAAAGAUCGGCAAAGUUCGGCGAAACGCAUAA